AGUAGCAGACAGGCCUCCAGCUCACGCCGUACGUCCACCGUCCACUCCUGCUGGCCAGCCUCGGGCGCGAAGAACGAAGCAGCCAUGGGUAACGCGCAACGCAAGACCGGCGAGAUACCGGACGAGAUGACGGGCCUUACCGAGAACCAGAAGAAGCUGGUCCAGGCAACGUGGCGUAGCUUCACCAGCCACAACCGCGAGUACGGCCCACUCGUCUUCCUGUCCUUGUUCGUCAAGCAUCCCGAGUAUCUGCGUAUGUUUCGCAACUUCCGCAGCAAGAGCGUGUCCCAGCUCAAAGACGACCCGAUAUUCCGUGCCCACGGCUGCUCCAUCGGCUACCACGUGACCUCCAUGGUGGAGAGCCUCGGGGAUCCGGCCGCCUUAGAGGUUCUGGUGCGCCGCAACGCAACCGAGCACCUUCGCCGCAAGGGCGUCAAGCCGUACCACUUCGAGAUACUGGGCCAGUGCCUGGUGGACGUCCUCCAGGCAAGGGAAGAGCGCCUGAUGACGCCAGAAGCCAUAGAAGGCUGGGGAAAGUUCCUCGCGGUGAGCUUGCGUGUGAACGCGUUGCAGUCUCACGUCUUUUUUAUAAAAAAUUCGACAGAACCCUUCUCACGAUGA